UGAUAAUUAUCAAAGAAGUAAAAUACAAAGAGAGCGACAAACAAAGGAGAAAGGGAAACCAAUGGAGGAGAUCGACAUAGUGAUAGUAGGCGGUGGCAUCGCCGGUCUCGCCACGUCUCUCGCUCUUCACAGGAAGGGGAUAGAGAGCGUGGUGUUGGAGAGGGGGGAUAGGGUGCGGUCAGAGGGAGCGGGAAUCGGUACACUCGCCAAUGGAUGGAGGGCUCUCGACCACCUCGGUGUCUCCCACGUCCUCCGUCCCACUUCUCUUAGAAUUCACAAAGUACGAACAGUGUUGGUUCAUAACGGGAAGCACAGGGAAUUGGCCUCUCCCAUCUCUGACGAAGCGCGGUGCCUUAAGAGGGACGAUUUGGUUCGAGCACUUGCCGACGCCGGGUCUCAAAUAGUUUCCAUAAAUCUCGACGAGACAACCUCGUUUCCUGUUCUUCAGCUGAGCCAUGGAGUGACCAUCAAGGCCAAGGUUCUGAUUGGAUGCGACGGAGCAAAUUCAAUGGUUGCGGACUUUUUGAAGCUGAGCCCGAAGAAAGCGUUUCCUUCUGGUGCAGUCAGAGGGUUCGCGUUUUAUCCAAACGGCCAUGGAUUCCCGCAGGAGCUUCUGAGGAUGAAGAUUGGCAACACCAUGAGCGGGCGCCUUCCCGUGACCCAUAAUCUCGUCUUCUGGUUUGCCCAUUUGCAAGAUUCCUCCAAAGUCGGAAUCGUCGCAAAAGAUCAAGAGGCGAUCGCGAAUUUGACGCUAGAUUCGAUGAGGGACUUCCCGGAAGAUUGGAAAGAGAUGGUGAAGAACUGCGAUGUACAUUCCUUGUCGCUAUACCAUCUAAAGUACAAAUCGCCAUUGAACAUCAUGUUCGGGAAAUUCCGAAAAGGCACGGUGACCGUGGCCGGGGACGCAAUGCACGUGAUGGGUCCCUUCAUAGGACAAGGUGGGUCCGCUGCGCUAGAGGAUGCGGUUGUGCUGGCAAGAUGCUUGGCCAAGAAGUUAGGUUGGGACGACGGCGUCAAGGGUUCAUCGGCUAAGCGGAUCGGAGAGGCAUUAGACGAGUACGUGAACGAACGGAGGAUGAGGCUCGUCGGCCUCUCUACUCAGACUUAUCUCACCGGCCAUUUGCUUCGAACUUCGUCUGUGGUCGUGAGGUUAAUGCUUCUACUGUUUCUGAUCGUUCUCUUCGGCCGUAGCCAAUUUCGUCACACCCGUUACGACUGUGGCCGCCUUUGAUAUGUUUUCACGUUGUAUUGUAAUUAUUGUGACUUUCUAUAAAGUUUUUGUCUUUGGUUAGAGAUGUAUGAAAUGAAAAUGAUGUGGCAAAUGAAAUCUUUGUCAAUGUGUUGGAGUUUUUUAUAAAUUAAAUGAAUGGAGGUUUUUCCCA